AUGUCACUCUUCACCAAGAAAGACCUGGGGCUGUUGCUGCCAGACGAUACUCCAGGCGACCCCGUGUCGCUGCGCCACACCAAUACUAAAGAGAUAACUGAGGAAUUCAAACCUUUAAAACCUAAGGUAGACUUGUCCAAAAAGGUUGCGCGCUAUCGAGCAGGACAUGUACCUAAGUUUGCGAAUGGCCACGAAGACGAAUGUGGCUUUGUCACUGCCAAAAGCAAAGUGCAACUAGACCCAGCGACAAAAGUAGAGCACAAGCUGGCUCCACAUGGAGUCAAUAGGCGAAAACGUGUAGAGGCACAGAUCUUGAUAGGGGGCGGGUCUUCAGCAAAUGACUCUGUUUCCAGAGUGCAAUAUGAUAUUUCACCCGCAGCUAAUAAAAAUUCUGAUGUUACUGAUGUCACUAAAGCACUGCAAGACUCCAGCUCGGAUGAAGAAAAUGAUUCUGACAUUGAUCGCCGCCGUCGUAUGCUUCGCGAAAAGAUAAAAGCGCGUGAGUCUCGGAAAGAUGAGGUGAUUGGCUUCAGUGAGAAGAUCUCGCUUCAGCUUAUAGAACCGAAAAUUGUAAAGCGAAGUGUAAUAUUCACUUCAACAGAAAAGCCUAGAAAUAGUGAUUUGGCUAGCAGCAACGACAGUAGCAGCUCGGAGUACGAGACUGACACAGAUGAAUCAGAGCUUGGUCAAGAGCUGAUGAAGCCUGUCUUCGUGCCGAAAAAGGCUCGUGAGAAUAUGAAGCGGCAAGAAGAGCUGGCAGCAGAAAAAGAACGACGCGAGAAACGAGAACAGGAAAAAUUGGAGGCUCGGAAGAGAGAGUCACGUCGUUUGGUUGCAGAAGAAAUUCGGCGCGAACAGACUGGAAUUGAAUGUGAAGCGCCUACUGACGCAGAAAUGCCCGAUGAUACGGAUGGUUUGGACCCUGCACAAGAGUAUCGCGAUUGGGAACUUCGCGAAAUGCGGCGCAUUAAACGUGACCAUGAUUGUAAAGAGUGGCGACGAAAGGAAGAAGAAGAGACCUUAAGAAGGCGCAACAUGACACGGGAGGAACGUGAAGCCGAAAAUGCCAAAUUGAAGAACGAGCCUAAGGAGAAGAAGAAACUCAAAUUUAUGCAGAGGUAUUACCACAAAGGUGCUUUCUACGUAGACGACGAUAGCAUUCGCUCGAAGGACGAUGUACGCAAACGAGAUGCAAGUGAUGCUACACUAGAAGACAAAUUUGACAAAGAGAUGCUUCCAGCUGUGAUGCAGGUGAAGAAUUUUGGACGCGCUGGCCGCACGAAGUACACGCAUCUGGCUGACCAAGAUACGUCCAGCCGCGACUCGCUGUGGGCGCGCAAUGAUGACAUUCGCGAGAAAUAUAAGAGCCAUCUCGGUGGAAUGAAGAAUAUUGACGUGUCAACGAAGCGACGGAGAAAAGAGUAA